AUGACAGCCCGCCUCAUUCAAUCUCCCCUAAACACCAUCACUCGCGCAACACUGUCCAGAACCAGUCCAACACGUCUCAUAUCCACCCACCAAACCCAUCUAUAUCGAACCCAAUCUCACCAAACAACAUCUCGGUCAUUUUCCUCGUCAACCCGCAAACCAGCCCCAACCCCAGCAGAAAACAUGUCUAGCGCCCUAAUCGAUUUAGCCAAGAACAGGCGCACGAUCUACCAGCUCGGCAAGAAGAGCCCAGUCCCAGACUCUAAGAUCGAAGAGCUUGUCAAUGCCGCCAUCCUCAAUGUCCCCAGUGCGUUCAAUACCCAGUCUACACGGUUAAUCGUGGUCCUGCACGAUCAGCACGACGGACUAUGGGAUAUCGCUAUUGAGGCCUUAGGGGGCCUUGUUAAGGCGGGUAAGAUCCCACAGGAGAUUUGGGAGAAGCAGACGUUGCCUAAGUUACUUGGGUUUAAGGGGGCGUAUGGAACAAUCCUCUUCUACGAAGACCCGGCACACAUCAAACCCAUGCAGGAGAAGUUCGCUACCUACAAGGAUAAUUUCUUGCCGUGGGCGGAGCACUCCAAUGCCAUGCAUCAGUACUUCCUCUGGACCGGCCUUGAAGCGCUCGGCUUCGGCGCAAACUUGCAGCACUAUAGCCCGCUCAUUGACGCUGGUGUUGCGAAACAGUGGGAUCUGCCUAGUGAGUGGCGGAAUGUUGCUCAGUUAGUCUUUGGAAGUCCUGAAGGUGCUGUUGGGGAGAAGGUGCAGAAACCUGUUGAGGAGAGGGUUAAGAUUUUCGGGAAGUUGUAG